UUCACAACGGUGAUCUCUGUGGCAUGUGUGAUUGUUGGAGUUACCAUGACCAUGAUGUCAUAUUUCUUAUUUUAUUGGACAAAAAGAGAGAAAAAGAUAACUCUUCAAAUUCUUCCUUGAGACAAUCACUUUUGAAAGUGAGUUACCAAAUGCUUCUUAAAGCUACUGAUGAGUUCUCUUUGGCAAAUUUGAUUGGAGUGGGUAGUUUUGGCUCAGUGUAUAAAGGAACUCUUGGUGAGGAUAGAUCACUUGUUGCAGUCAAGGUACUUAAUCUUCAACACCGAGGGGCUUCUGAGAGCUUCAUCUCUGAGUGUGAAGCCUUGAAAAAUAUUCGUCACCGGAAUCUUGUGAAGAUCAUAACUUCUUGCUCAAGUAUGGAUUUUCAUGGCAAUGAUUUUAAAGCUCUAGUUUAUGAGUUCAUGCCCAAUGGAAGUUUAGAAAAUUGGUUACAUAUGGAUAUUGAAACGGAAACUGGGCAAACAGAGAGAAAUCUGAACCUUCUUCAAAGAGCAAACAUCGCCGUUGAUAUUGGAUGUGCACUAGAUUACCUACAUUACUAUUGCCCAAUGACAGUUGUUCAUUGUGAUUUAAAGCCAAGCAACAUUCUUUUUUAUUAUGAUAUGAUUGCUCAUGUUGGAGACUUUGGGCUUGCAAAAUUUCUUUUAGAACUCAUGAAUCCAAAACAAAGCAGCUCUAUUGGAAUAAGAGGAACAAUUGGUUACACUGCUCCAGAAUAUGGCCUAGGAAGUGUUGUGUCAACUAAAGGGGAUGUAUACAGCUAUGGAAUUGUUUUGUUAGAGAUGAUAACAGGAAAGAGACCCACAGAUAGUAUGUUUAGUGAAGGCCUUAACCUUCACAAAUAUGCUAGCAUGGCCUUGCCUAACUGUGUAAUGGAGAUUAUGGACCCAAAACUUUUAAACAAUGAUGAUGAAGUGACUGGCAAUAACAAAUGUAGCACUACAAACAGAACGGAAGAGUGUUUGAUAUCUAUGGUCAAAGUUGGAGUGGCAUGCUCUAUGAUGUUGCCACAAGAACGAUGGGACAUUAGCAAGGUUAUCUCUGAGUUGCAUUUGGUCAGGAACAAUCUGCUUAGUGCUAGGAUAUAGUGCAACGUUCUUGGCUAUAUGGAAG